ACCAUGUGGUCCAACAACAGCGCUGCUCCCUUCUUGCUGAGUGGCUUCUUAGGCUCAGAAACAAUCCACCACUGGAUCUCUCUUCCCUUCUUUAUCAUUUACCUCUCCAUCCUUUUUGGCAAUGGCACACUGCUCUUCCUUAUUUGGAAUGACCACAGUCUUCAUGAGCCCAUGUACUACUUCCUGGUUAUGCUGGCAGGUACUGACCUUGGGAUGACAUUGACUACAAUGCCCACAGUCCUGGGUGUCCUGUUGCUGGACCACAGGGAAAUUGCCCAGGGUGCCUGUUUCACUCAAUCCUACUUCAUUCACACACUGGCUAUUGUAGAAUCAGGUAUCUUGCUUGCCAUGGCCUACGACCGUUUCCUUGCCAUAAGCACCCCUCUGAGGUACAACUCCAUUCUUACCAAUUCCCAGGUGAUGAAGAUAGGACUGGGGGUACUAAUGAGGGGCUUGGUGUCCAUUGUACCCCCAAUUCUGCCACUCUAUUGGUUUCCAUAUUGCCGUUCCCAUGUUCUUUCCCAUGCCUUUUGCCUCCACCAAGACAUCAUGAAACUUGCCUGUGCUGACAUUACAUUUAACCGUGUAUACCCAGUUAUUCUGGUUGCUUUGACUUUCUUCCUAGAUGCUCUAAUGAUCCUCUUCUCUUAUAUCCUAAUCUUUAAGAUGGUGAUGGACAUUGCCUCUGGAGAGGAGAGAGCUAAGGCCCUCAACACGUGUGUCUCCCAUAUCAGCUGUGUCCUAGUCUUUUACAUCACUGUGAUUGGCCUGACUUUCAUCCACAGGUUUGGGAAGCAUGCACCACAUGUGGUCCACAUUACCAUGAGCUACGUCUACUUUCUCUUUCCUCCAUUCAUGAACCCCCUUAUAUACAGCAUCAAGACCAAGCAGAUUCAGAGAAGCAUUGUUCGCCUACUUUCUGAGCACAGUAGGGCUUGA